AUGGCUCCCCUCCGCGGCACCGCCCUGCCCGCCGCCCUGGCCCUCGCGCUGGGGCUCCGCGCCCUGCCGGGCGCCUUCGUGGCGCCCGCGCCCGCGGCGCGCCAGGCCGCCGCCGUGGCCGGCCCGCGGGGGCAGGUGGCCCUCGCCGCGCGCGGCGGCGGCGAGUACGACGUCAGCGACGCCGACAUCCAGGCAUUCUAUGAGGAGACGAUCUCCGGUUCCGGCGGAGACCCCGCGAAGGGCACGAUCACCGCGGAGCUCAUCGUCAAGCACUUCCACGGGGUGUGGGACGACAAGGGCACGUUCACCCGCUACAGCGGCCAGUGGAAGGGCCCGCCACCUGGGGGAAUCGGCAAGAGGGACAUCGCCGUCGGCAUUGCGGGCCUCAAGGAGCAGAUGAAGUUGGGCAAGCACGUCGUCAAGGGCGGCCCGGGGAAUGAUGAGACGCAGAAGGUGGUUGACGACGGAAAGGGCUGGGUCUGGUUGGCCGCAGACAUGAGCCCGGGUGGCUUGGCGGUGCAGUUGUACACCUCCGUGCCGUACGGCAAGCGCCCGCUUCUAGUCGCCAAGCGCUCUGAGGUUGACACCAUGUUCGAGAAGGUGAACUGGGACCUCAUGGACAAGCGCAUCGACACCACCAUGGGUGGGCCCCAGGUGAAACAGCGGUGA